CAUCCUGCUCUUCAUAAGUGAGUGUGUCAUGUUUCUUCAAGAAGACAUUGAUCAUCUCUUGGAAGGUGUUUUUAUAACUUCUCCGUGUGAUAAGUCCGCAUUUUUUAUGGCGAAGUCUUGUUGGAGAGGGUACUCUGUUAACAUGUGGUAUGUGUCACAUGUGUCAUGGCCACACUGGUCGGAGGAGCAGCCUCGUAUUCUUAUUAACAUAUGGAUGUAUAGGACCGUUUAAAUUCGUGUGAAAAAGAGAGGGAAACUCGUGCAACAUAAGCUAUGGUGAUUCCAGCAUUGCUUGGUCGGUACUCUUCGUGAAUCUAUGAAAUUACAGAUCCCCGCUUGGAGAUUCCACAUCACCUUCAUUACUGGAUGAGCUCUUCUCAAAUGUACUUUAAGAAGGAAUAUCUCAAGGAUUCGGUCAAUGCAGUUUCAAAGUGAAUGACUCAGUAUUUAUCAUGAAUUGGAAAAUCAGUUUAAAGUGGUUAGACCUGGGAGGACUUGUGAGGUAAUAUACUGAUGAAUAUGCAGGAGGUAUUGCGGUCUGAUAUGCCCAGAAAACCUCAUACAUUUGAUAGCUUCACAUCCUUAUGUGGCUUGCUCUUUGGAAUAGUUUUUGCAAGUACAUCUGCUUGUCCGUCGAGCUGUCACUGUACAGAAAAGAGCGGCAUGACUGUGGUCCAAUGUACGUCCCAGAACUUGGAGAAAAUCCCAUUGAACCUCCCGAGUGAUACCGUUGCUCUGAUUUUGGCAUCCAAUCGCAUUACUAAAAUACCCAACCAUGCCUUCAAAGAGCUCAACUACCUUCAGGAGUUGGAUCUGUCGAAUAAUGACAUCGAGACUGUGGACGUUGCAGCGUUUCAGGGUGUCACAGACAGCCUCCUUCUUCUGGAUCUUUCUAACAAUCAUGUCCACAGUGUCCCAAAAGAGGCAUUUGCCCGUCUCAAGGCCAAAAUCAACCUCUCAAAUAACCCCUGGCACUGUGAGUGCGUACUACAGGAGGUUCUAAGGGAACUGAGAUUGGAUCCAGAGUCGGUGAAUGACGUGGUUUGCCACACAGCCGUGCAGGAGGAAUACGCAGGCAGGUCCGUGAUACAAGUUCUGGAUUCGGGGAUUAACUUCUGUAACUUUCAUCAUAAGACGACAGAUGUUGCAAUGUUUGUCACCAUGUUUGGAUGGUUUACAAUGGUGAUUGGAUAUGUUGUCUACUAUGUGAGACACAACCAAGAGGAUGCCAGGAGGCACCUGGAGUAUCUCAAAUCAUUGCCCAGUAGCUCUCAGAUCACUAAAGAUUUUGACACCAUCAGCACUGUUCUCUAGCAGGGCACCCACGACUCAAGUGUGUCUUUGUCUUGAAAUAUGUGAGUGGUUUGCCUAUUUAUUUUGCUUUUUGUAUUGGAUUGUGUCUUGACUCAACUUUGUUUGGUCACAAUCAUUAUGAAGCUUGUUGGCAAAGCUCAAAUAUCUGUGACAGUGUGACGUGAUAAAUUAGGUGUCGGGUGACAUCAUCGUUGAAUUUGCAGAAUUAGACAUGACGCAUAUGCAUGUCAUUUUUACAACGCAGUGGGAGACAAAAAAUGAGCAAAAAAAUAUGAAAAGUCAAGCAAAUGUUUGGGGAAAAAACUGUUUUUCUGUUGCUUUGUUUUGUGUUUUUCAUAUGUCACAAACAAGACAGAGCCGCCUGUGAGAGCGAUACAUGGUUUUAUGUUAAGCGUCUCCAAUAAGACCAGAAAACGUCAGUAGUCUACAAAAUCUAGAGGGAUCUGAAUACUCAACACAACACUUAUCCCUCCUGCAGCAUCUUCUUAUUCUCUGGUGCUUAUUUUGUGUGUUGAAAAUCUGAGUUAUGAUGCCAUCUGUUGUAUGGUGCUGGAAUAACAAGCUACAUUCAACAACAGUCCCUUCGUUUGUGAGAGUUUUUUUUAUAUGUGGCCAAAUUUAUCAUGAUUUAUCGUAAUUUUUAAAUUGAUCGAAUUUAUCAUACAAAUAAAUGAAUCUAUGGGAAACAUUGAUCACUCCAGUAUCUGUGCUGUACUAUGACUGCAAUGUGUGUACAUUUAACUCCACAUGUAGGUUUGACUUUUAAUGGAGCAUUGUCUUAACAGCUUCUGGUAUUGGUUGAGUGAUACAAUUACAGGUCCUAGAAUGUUUUUUCUUUUUGGCUUUGUGAGGAAGAUGGAUUCACGUAAAUACUGAUAUGGAUACCCUUACAUUGUCAAUAUAACACAGUGCAGUGUAUGCAGUGGCGGUUCUACCUAUGAGCCAGACGGGCAAUUGCCCAGGGCAACAUUAUCUUGGUGUCAUUAAUUAUUGUCAACAAAACUUGGAAAAGAGUAAGUCAAAGCUAUCAGGUGCACAAUUUAGAAAGAAGAACAAGUGAAAAGGGCCAAAAAUAAAAGGCAGGGAGCUAUUGCAUCACUUCAUGUACACCACAUGAUCAAAUAAGUUCAUUUAACUUGUUUUUAGGCUCACUGGGGUUCAUGUGAUUUCUUGACAGAGUUUUAAUUGUGUAAAUAGGGUUGUAAAUCAAAUGCAAUUUAAAAGGAGCUCGUGAAAUAUUUUGGAGCACCUUCUGCUGUUGAAAAAAACAUUUGUAAACUAGACAAGCACAAGCCAUAAUUCCCACCGUAUUGUGAUUCACACCAAAAUAAAAAUUUUGCAUUUUUUGGAUCAAUCUUUGAUAUUUUUAGGAAACUGCUGGAAACUGUAUUUUUUUCCCCAAGUUGUCAGACCAUAUCAUGUGGCGUUACAUGUACAUGUAAACGGUCCUAUGUUAAAGAAUUCAGAAAGCGUGAGAAACAAGUAGAGGUUUAUACACCAGAAAUUAUGGUAAGUCAAAUUUUGUCAACUCCUGGGGCUCUAAUUCCGUAGACCAGGCUCAC